AUUUCAGCCCUAACCUUCUCAAACCUCAGAGAUUGAAUCAUUGAGUUGGGAGACAAAAUGAGUCCCAAGUGUCCCAUUUUGAUCAAGUUAUGGGUGCUACAAUACCUGGCAGUUCUUUGUGUGUCACAGAAUUUUGAUUUCUUCUACUUUGUUCAACAAUGGCCUGGCUCAUAUUGUGACACAAAGCAAAGUUGCUGCUAUCCCACCACUGGAAAACCUGUUGCGGAUUUUGGUAUUCAUGGCCUUUGGCCUAAUUACAAUGAUGGAACUUACCCUCAAAAUUGUGAUCCCAACAACCCUUUUAAUCCAUCUCAGAUUUCAGACCUAAAGAGCAGAAUGCAGAAGAACUGGCCUACUCUGGCCUGCCCCAGCGGGGAUGGAACGAGUUUUUGGUCGCAUGAAUGGGAGAAACACGGGACCUGUUCGGAGUCAGUCCUGGACCAACAUGAUUAUUUUGACACAACACUCAACCUGAAGCAGCAGACUAGCCUCCUACAAGCUCUUGAAAGCGCAGGAAUUAACCCAAAUGGAGGGUUUUAUAGUUCGUCCAGCAUCAAAGAUGCCAUUAACAAAGCAGUAGGGUAUACUCCCUGGAUUGAGUGCAACACCGAUGAGUCGGGGAACAGUCAGCUUUACCAGGUGUAUCUGUGUGUGGACACUUCUGGCUCCAACCUCAUCGAUUGCCCUGUGUUUCCAAGUGGAGGAAAAUGUGGUUCCCAGAUUGAGUUUCCUUCCUUCUAUAUUGAAUUUCCUGAGCAAAGUUAACUAUUGAUGCAAAAAAACCGAAGAAAAGCUCUGUUAUUGACAGUUCGUCGACACUUUGUAUGAUUUGUGAUAUAUAUUGUGUGAUAUUAUAUGCUGUAGCUUUUCAGAAAUCCAAUAUGAUGAAUAACGUGUCAAUGUUUUUAACACUUCUUUUCUUUUCAAAGCACUAGCUGCUGAAAAUAAGGCCGAGGAUUUGUUAAUAGAUCAGUGAAAGUUAU